CGCUGUGGGGGAGAGAAGGUGAAGGCUGGAUCCAUAUUGCCCCAGGAGCUGCCAGACCAAGCCCCACCCAGAGAAGUGAGCACUGUGAAAAGCAGUCAUUGGCACAUGGGACAGAGGGAGCUGACCAUGCCUGGCUUGUGAAAACUUAACACUCAUCCUGAAAGGUCCCUCUGAAGGGCUUAGACUCUUUCAUACUGCAACACAGCUAGAUGUAGGGGCACUAGGCGCAAUGUCCCUGUUGUUCACUCGCUCCAAGUCAAUAGUUGCUGUAAAGAAGGAUAAAAGACACAUGGCUGAGGUAAAUGCUUCUCCACUGAAGCAUUUUGUCACUGCAAAGAAGAAAAUCAAUGGCAUCUUUGAACAGUUGGCUGCAUAUAUCCAGGAGAGUUCCACAUUCCUGGAAGAAACACACAGGAAUGUGGAACUUGACCCUGUCACCACAGAAGAGCAGGUAUUGGAAGUCAAAGGAUACCUGUCAAAAGUCAGUGGCAUUAGUGAGGUGCUGGCACGGCGACACAUGAAAGUGGCUUUUUUUGGCAGGACAAGCAAUGGAAAAAGCACAGUGAUAAAUGCCAUGCUGUGGGAUAAAGUCCUUCCCUCGGGGAUUGGACACACCACUAAUUGUUUCCUGCGUGUGGAGGGGACGGAUGGUCACGAUGCCUUCCUACUUACUGAAGGCUCAGAGGAGAAGAGGAGUGUCAAGACAGUCAACCAGCUGGCUCAUGCUCUCCAUCAAAAUGAAUUUCUGCAUGCUGGCAGCCUGGUCAGUGUGGUGUGGCCCAAUUCCAAAUGUCCUCUCUUAAAGGAUGAUCUAGUGCUUAUGGACAGCCCUGGCAUUGAUGUAACCACAGAGCUGGACAGCUGGAUUGACAAGUUUUGUCUGGAUGCUGAUGUAUUUGUGUUGGUGGCAAACUCUGAGUCCACGCUGAUGCAAACGGAGAAGCAGUUCUUCCACAAAGUGAACGAACGUCUGUCUCGCCCCAACAUUUUUAUCCUGAAUAACCGCUGGGAUGCAUCAGCUUCAGAACCUGAAUACAUGGAAGAGGUCCGUCGACAGCACAUGGAGCGCUGCACCAGUUUUCUAGUGGAUGAACUGGGUGUGGUGGAUCGAGCGCAGGCUGGGGACCGCAUCUUCUUUGUGUCAGCGAAGGAAGUGCUAAAUGCCAGGAUCCAGAAGGCUCAAGGGAUGCCGGAAGGAGGUGGAGCAUUGGCAGAAGGAUUUCAAGUAAGAAUGUUUGAGUUUCAAAACUUCGAGAGACGAUUUGAGGAAUGCAUCUCACAGUCUGCAGUGAAAACAAAGUUUGAGCAGCACACAGUGAGAGCCAAGCAGAUUGCUGAAGAUGUUCGCCUUAUCAUGGACUCUCUGCAUAUUGCUGCCCAGGAGCAGAGGGUUUACUGUCUGGAGAUGCGAGAGGAACGACAGGAGCGCUUGGGUUUUAUUGACAAACAGCUGGAGCUGCUCACUCAGGACUACAAGAUGAAAAUAAAACAGAUCACAGAAGAGGUAGAAAGACAGGUGUCGAAUGCAAUGGCUGAAGAGAUUAGGCGACUCUCAGUGUUGGUAGAAGACUACCAGAUGGAUUUCCACCCAUCUCCAGUUGUCCUCAAAGUUUACAAAAAUGAACUACAUCGACACAUUGAGGAGGGUUUGGGCCGUAACAUGUCAGAUCGAUGUUCUAAUGCCAUCACUGCUUCCCUGCAAACCAUGCAACAAGAAAUGAUAGAUGGUUUAAAGCCCCUUCUCCCAGUCUCUUUACGGGGUCAAAUAGACAUGCUGAUCCCCCGGCAAUGCUUCACACUCAGCUAUGACCUGAACUGUGACAAGCUUUGUGCCGACUUCCAGGAGGACGUUGAAUUCCAUUUUUCUCUUGGCUGGACAAUGCUUGUGAAUAGGUUUUUGGGACCAAAGAACAGUCGCCGGGCCUUGAUGGGCUAUAAUGACCAGAUUCAACGUCCUUUACCUUUAACCCCAGCGAAUCCCAGUCUGCCUCCCCUACCCCAGGGUUCUAUGACCCAGGAAGAGCUCAUGGUGUCUAUGGUGACUGGAUUGGCAUCACUGACUUCCAGAACUUCCAUGGGGAUCCUCGUGAUUGGUGGAGUGGUCUGGAAGGCUGUGGGCUGGAGACUGAUUGCUCUCUCUUUUGGCCUUUAUGGGCUCCUUUAUGUAUAUGAGCGCCUCACUUGGACUAUGAAAGCGAAGGAGAGAGCCUUCAAACGUCAGUUUGUGGAGUAUGCGAGUGAGAAACUGCAGCUCAUUGUCAGCUACACAGGCUCCAACUGCAGCCAUCAAGUCCAACAGGAGCUUGCUGGGACAUUUGCUCACUUGUGUCAGCAGGUGGAUGUCACACGGGAGAAUCUUGAGCAGGAAAUUGCUGCCAUGAAUAAAAAAAUUGAAAUCUUGGACUCAUUGCAAAGCAAAGCAAAACUGCUCAGGAAUAAAGCAGGCUGGCUGGACAGUGAACUCAACAUGUUCACGCAUCAGUACCUGCAGCAGCGCAGAUAAUGUGGGAAGACAAGAAACCAUUUCCCUUCAGUGCUCUCUUAACUGCUGCAGAGAACGUGGUGGGUGAUGGAAUCCCUAAGGAGCAUGAGGAAAAGCAAGCUGUUGCGUGGUCUAUCACCAUGUGAACAAUGGGAUUCUUCUUUCCCCUAUCAUGUCCAACCUCUCAACACACCUCUUCUUGCCUGCCAGGGAGAUUAGAAGGAAUUUCUGCUUCAUACACUUACAGGAGGCUUUUGUAAUGCAGAACGAAGUAGGGUAGUUUGUCAGUUGUUUAAAAAA